CAUCAGUUCGUAUGGUGCAAAGUGCAUUUAUGUACAGUACUUUAGUGCAGUGCAAUGUGACAAAUGGAACCUCGUGGAUGCAAUCAACCUUGGAAUGUAAAAAUUGAUGAUGAUGAUGAUGAGCUGGGCCGGCCAUUUGUCUUGGCUCAUUUCUGCUGCCAAGCCUCCCAUUCCGUCAGGGACUUUCUCUCAUGUCUAUCGCUCAUCACCUGCAUCCUUCACACAUUGUGGCCGGCGACAUGGGAUGCAGCACGGAUGUCAUCACACACACAACACAACACACUGUGUGUUUUACCCGUCCGCCGCCGCCCAUCCGUUGGGGCUUCCACUCUCUUUCUGCACGCUGGGCGCAUCCUCCUCUCUCAGUGACAAUCACCCGUCCGCUUGUCCUCCGUUGUUUGCUCCAGCCAGCAUAGGCGGGACUGGAACGUGUUGUUUUUUUUGGAAGCAGAACAGCCAGUCCAUAGCACAUUCAUUCAUCUGGGCAGUACAGCACAUUCCUCCUCCGCGCAACUUUCUCCGUAAUCUUCUUGGGCUUGAUUCAUAAAUUAUCAUCACGGCUGGCUGUAUACCUAUCUUUCCUGUCACCACCACUCUUGUCAUCACCUCUCAUCAGUAAAAAGACGUCCACAUCGACCGUUGU